GCCACGCAUGAAAAUAACUAAAGGUCGAACCACCAACGCUUGUUUUGAGGCUGAAACGAAUUGCCUGGUCCGACCGCCGGAAAAUUGAAAUUGAAAAUGACUAAAUGAGAAUGAAAAUGAACAUGAACUUAAAACGGCUAAACAGUUCUCUCCCUCUCCCUACUUGUCCCUCGCCGAUACGAAAUGAAGCCCCACGCUCACAGUAGCUUUGUCGGUAGACCGAUAAAUAUAAGCUCUCCUCGCCAUCGCCGCCGUCCCCUCCUGGAGCAGCUUUGCAACCAGAAGUUCUCCUCGGGAGGCCAUGUUUUCCGGCCGAUUCCAAGCCGAGAUCACUGCCGCCUUAGCUUCUCAGUCCGUUGUUGCCGGAAUGAAAGCUCGGGCCGAAUUCGCCAGAUUCCUGUGGGGAGGAGGCGAGACGUGUUGGUUACGCCGUUUCUUGUGCUCGGCGCUUGUUUUCUGCGAUCGGCGGCAGCUAGAGGGGAGGAGAAGGCGCCGGAGACUGCGGUGCCGCCGCCGGCGUUGAAGGUGGAGGAGGAAAUGGAGGAGGUGAUAAUUUCUAGAAUAUACGACGCGACGGUUAUGGGAGAGCCUCUGGCGGUCGGGAAGGAUAAGUGGAAGGUGUGGGAGAAGUUGAUGAGUGCUCGGGUUGUGUAUUUAGGUGAAGCUGAGCAAGUUCCGAUCCCCGACGAUAAGGAAUUGGAGCUCGAAAUUGUCAAGAAUUUGAGAAAGAGGUGUGUGCAAGCUGAACGGCCGAUCUCUUUGGCUCUGGAAGCGUUUCCUUGCGAUCUACAGGAGCAGCUCAAUCAGUACAUGGAUAAAAGGAUUGAUGGGGUAACAUUAAGGUCCUAUGCAUCGCAUUGGCCUCCUAAUUGCUGGCAAGAGUAUGAGCCUCUUUUGCGUUAUUGUCGUGAUAAUGGAGUUCGUUUACUUGCUUGCGGUACUCCACUCAAGGUCUUGAGAACUGUUCAUGCUGAAGGUAUUCGUGGGCUUUCUAAGGUUGACCGUAAAACAUAUGCUCCCCCAAGUGGUUCAGGCUUCAUCUCAGGCUAUACUUCUGUUUCACGCAGAUCAUCAAUAGAUUUAAAUUCUUCAAAUCAUGCUAUUCCUUUUGGGCCAAGUUCAUAUCUAUCUGCGCAAGCAAGAGUAGUUGAAGAUUAUGCAAUGUCCCAGAUUAUCUUACAAGCAAUAAUGGAUGAAGGUGGCACUGGUAUGCUUGUUGUCGUGACAGGUGCCAGCCAUGUCACAUAUGGGUCAAGAGGAACUGGGUUGCCGGCAAGAAUUUCAAAGAAGACGCAAAAGAAAAAUCAAGUUGUUAUAUUGCUUGAUCCAGAAAGGCAACAAAUGCGAAGAGAGGGAGAAGUUCCUAUUGCUGAUUUCUUGUGGUAUUCAGCAGCUAGACCCUGCAGUAGAAAUUGCUUUGACCGUGCUGAAAUUGCACGUGUAAUGAAUGCAGCUGGCAGGAAUCGAGAUGCACUACCUCAGGACCUUCAAAAAGGACUUGAUCUUGGUCUUGUGUCACCAGAAGUACUACAAAAUUUUUUUGAUCUGGAGCAAUACCCUCUUAUUUCAGAACUCACGCAUAGCUUCCAGGGUUUCAGGGAAAGAUUGUUGGCAGAUCCCAAAUUCCUACAUAGAUUAGCUAUAGAAGAGGCUAUAUCUAUAACAACCACUCUCUUGGCACAGUAUGAGAGGCGUAAGGAAAAUUUUUUUGAAGAGCUUGAUUAUGUAAUCACUGAUACAGUCAGGGGGUCGGUUGUUGAUUUUUUCACCGUGUGGCUUCCUGCCCCUACGCUGUCAUUUCUUUCAUGUGCUGAGGAGGUAGGAGUACCUGACAGCAUGGGUGGAUUGAAGGGAGUUCUUGGGUCAAUCCCUGAUAAUGCAUUUCAAAAGAAUCUUACUGGAAAGGACUGGAAUCUGGGUCACAGAAUUGCAUCAGUGCUUAUUGGUGGUUUAAAACUUUCUACUGUUGGAUUUAUUUCCAGUAUUGGGGCCGUGGCAGCAUCAAAUAUUUUGUAUGCAAUACGUAAAUUCCUGAAUCCAGAGCUUGUUACAAAACAAAGGAAUAAAAGAUCCCCGAUAUUUAAAACAGCUUUAAUAUAUGGAUGCUUUCUUGGAACAUCAGCAAAUAUUCGGUAUCAGGUUAUUGCUGGAAUAGUGGAGCAUCGAAUUUCUGACCAUUUUUCUUCACAAACAUUGCUUGUAAAUAUGUUGUCGUUUCUUGCAAGGACAAUCAACUCAUAUUGGGGAACUCAGCAAUGGGUCGAUCUUGCACGGUUCUCUGUACUUCAGACUAGGAAGAGUGUGACACUGCCUUACCAUAGUGAUUCUCCUUGUCAAGCUGCAGCAGGAUGCAACCCUUCAGAAGAUGCCACCAUUGAUGAAAUCAAGAAUCAGUGAGGUGAUAAUCACACUAGUCAAUACUAGGUCAUUCUUUUUCCAUUAUAGGAUUGUAAGAGAUCGGGUUACCACUCUUCUGAUGUAUAUUCUCUCAUUCAUGAGCAUAUUUUGUUUGCUCAAUAUUUUUUUUUUUUCAAAUUUUGGAGAGCAUACUGUGCUGGACAUUAGAAUAGGCUGAGGAACAAAUUGAAAAUUCCAUGUGAGCUUUAGUUAGGCAGAAGCCAGAAGCCUGGUUACAAUACACAUCUCUAGAUUUACCCUAUAUAACAUUUUUUUCUAGAUCUGGACCAUCUUCCUGUAAAUUAGUUUGUAGGUUGUCCUUUUGAGCCCAUUGAAGUAUAAUUACAAAACUCUGUUUUUUUGUUUU